AUGAGCUCUUUAAAUUUGAGUUCGAAGAGUAGUAGUGAGCUUUCGCUGUCACCUCCAAGCUAUUCGGUGCAGGAAGAUCCUAGCAGCGGAGAUUUGCGAAGUCGAAUGCAACAGAUUUGGCCAGAUAGGCCGAGCUUUGGACGAUACUCACUUGAGUACGAAUACAUGGAUCGUAAGAAAAAAAGAUUGCAAAACGUGAGAAAAAUAUAUGGAAGCAAAAAAAGUAGCGAAAACGAUCUGAUGCUGGGACGUGCAGCAGCAGGAGGAAGUAGCACUCGAGCAGCAACGUUCAGCGCGUCGGAUAUGAUCCUGCCUUGUCGAGAUGAGAAAACGACUUCAGCAAAUUCGUCGGAAGACCUUGUAAGAACCUCACUACUGUUCUCUUCAACGAGUGGUCUAAGACAAAAGGAUUCGCAACAAAGAACAGCUACAGACGACCUCUUAACUCUAGGAGGAAUUUUGCACACAAAGUCGCCAACACUCGUUCCAUCCGACAUACUUCGCUCGAGUUGUUCUAUUCUAAGCGAAGAGACCCCGAAGUGUUCCAAUUAUUCAUCUUUUCCCUUUACGCCUACUGACGAUGUGGAUGAGGUCGACACUGCAUACCGUUUUGCAGGAUAUUGCACCGACGAGGAGGCAUAUGCCCUGUUGAAGAAGUACCCAUUCAUCGUGUUCAGAAGGAAAUCAGCUGGAAACGAUGUGAAAAUUGGAAUGCAAGUGGGAGACGAGGGUAAGCUAUAUGACGUGGACAUUUUGAACAUUCAAGGAGGUGAAAUGUUAUGGCGUAUUCGUGGAACGACAUUUUCCUUGGGCUUCCGAUCUUUGGGCGAAAUGGCUCGAUUCUACCGACGUUUUCCUUCAACAAUAGAUUGA